AUGACGAGCAGAGCGCGCUGGAGACUGCCGUCUGCAGCUGCAGCAGCGGACGACGAGACCCAAAGCGCCGCGCGAGCGACUUCUGUCUCGGACGUGUUCACUGACAUGCUGAACGUCAACGAGGAUCUGAUCGUAGCCACAGCAGAGUGCCAAGCGGAGAGAGACGUCGACGGCCUUUUAGCCUACCACCGCAUUCUGCAUCGCGACCUCAUGGAGAUGGCCGAGUUUAUCGACGCCUUGUACGGCGUCUACAGCACCAGCGGUCGCAUCAGCAGCAGCAGUGGUGAUGCUGUCCAUGGGAACUCGCUCUUGGGGCAGCAGAGGAGCGAAGAGCUCGAGUCGCAUGUGGAUGAUUGGACUACGGACAAUGUCGAGGACAAAGCAACAGUUGCUGCUGAAUGGUCUGUUGCUCCCGUCAAGGAGAAAGCGGCCAGUCGAGAGCAGGUGCAGCGCGGUGCAUUGCGUGCAGCCCUCGAAGCUGGAGAGAAGGAGCGCGAGACGCAGCGAUCGAAAGAGCAAUGGAUCAAGUCGCGCCAUCAAGUGCUUGAAGAGGAAAGCGUCAGUGCGAUCCUGAAGGACAACACGAUCGGCAUGCUGGAGGUUGCUAGUGGGCAGGCGGAAAAGAGCGAUGCGCAGCAGGGGGGUGGCGGGCUCGCGCUCGUGAACCAGUUGCGGGCACAUCAACAGAUUGCGGCAUUCUUACAAGCUUCGAAAGAGACGGCUCCACCAGGCACCUCGACGCCAAUGGACUUGCUGCUUGCUCAGAAGUUAGCUAUGCCUACAGGCACUUCGCGUUUGGCAGCUCCUGCGCAGAUGUUGCAGGCAUCGACCACCGCUGCUGGUGCGGAAAAGCAGAUCAAGCCGAGCGUGGGCGGACACAGUGUCCCCAAGAUCGCGCUACCACCAGCACAUUCCAUGGUCAACAAGCUGUAUCCUUUUUCCGAGACCAUGCCGCUGUUGUUUUAUCCGCAACCUCCUGCAGGGUUCCUACCGAUCCCGCCGUGGCAGCCACAGUUGCACUCGGCUUUACCCGCUCGAACUGUAGUGCUUACUCGACCUCCAGCUAAGAAGCCCGAGUUCAAACGGAUGUGUGAAUCGUGUCGCAAGCGGCACUUCAGUGUUCGACAGUGUCGUCUUGUGCUUCAGCAUACCGAUCCCGAGUGGCAGCCUGCAAACCCGCCAGCAGAUCGACGACGGAGACGAAAGUGA